UGCAAAGAUGUGGAUUUGGACGUCCUCGUGGAAGCCUUGAAGCCCGUGGGGACCUUUAAGAAGAUCGGCAAGGUGUUCCGCAGGGAGGAGGACUCCACCGUGGGCAAUGCUGCAGAUUGGGGAGGGUGCAGACUAUGUGCUCAUCCCCCGCGAGGUCAGGCUGGUGGGGGGCGUCUGGAGGGUCAUCUCCAAGCCUGCCACCAAGGAGGUGGAAUUUCGAGAGUGGCUGGCCCAGUUCUUGGAGGAAGAAGGUCGCACCCUGUAGGAUGUUGCCCGCAUCAUUGAGAAGAGCACCCCGCACCAGCACCAGCACCCCCAAAAGCUCAAGGAGCCCCGGGUGAGGAAGAUGGUGACCCCUCCUCCCUGGCUGGUUGUGGGCACCUAUGACAGCAGCAACGCCAGAGAGAGCGAGUUCAGCGACUUUGAGAUGGCCCGAGAGACGGGUGGCAGGAGCCACAAAGGCACCGCGCGUGGCAGAAAGGUGCACAAAAUGCCCGUCAGUUACCUGGACAGCAAAUUCCUGGGGAGCGACCUGGAGAGCGAGGAGGAGGAGGAAGUGGUGGAGGCCUUCCUCCCCCGCGGGGAGAAGAAGCCAGGCGCUGCGCCCGGGCGCCGCUGCCUGGACCUGCCGGAGCCCACGUUUGAAGACAACCCGGGGCCCCAGCCGUCCAAAGCGGACAGGUGGCGAGAGUUUGUCAGCCAGAUGUCCUGGGGGAAGCUGAAGCGGACGGUGAAGGGUUGGGGGCCCAGGUCCAGCCAGGGAGUGGGCGAGGUCCAGCAGGACGCUGCCAGGGUGGGGGGAGGGGUGCCAGGUAGCGCCAGUCAGGGGGCUCACUUGGGGAACUCCGGAGGUGGGCUGGUGCUUGAGCCCCCCACAAGGCGAUGGAGGUCCAAAGUCAACUGGGCCUCCUUUAGGCUGCGCCAGAGGGAGGAAACAGCAUCCACAGCUGGGGGGUGGGGGGCGGAGGCUGCAAAUGAUCAGAGGGUGGAGGCUAUAGCUCAUCAAAGGGUAGGGGCUAUAGCUGACCGGAGGGCAGGCGCUGUGCAUAAUCAGAGGUCAGAGGCUGGAGAGGACCAGAGGGCGGAGGCCAUAGCUGAGCAGGGAGCAGAGGCUGUGGGUAAUCAGAGGCUGGAGGCCCUCGUCUUCCAGGCAGCAGAGGCAGCAUCCAAUGGGGCUGAGGCCAGGGCUGUCCAGGAAACCGAAGCCUUGGCUGCCCAGGGGAGCCCAGGAGCAGCCCCAGGAGCCAGGGCCCAGAAACAGGUCAAGACAGUGAGGUUCCAGACUCCCGGGCGCUUUUCGUGGUUUUGCCAGUGCUGGAGAGCCUUCUGGCACCCUCCCCGGUUGCCUGCCCUGCCUGAGAGGCCCGGGGCAGGCGAGGCCAGGAGCCUUUGGGUGCUGAGAGCGGAGGCCCGAGAGGAGGUGGAGCAGGGAGAGCAAGAGGACCUGCUGUGUGGUGUGGCGGAGGCCUUGCCUCAGAGCACCCUGCCACCUGCCUCCUUAUUGGCCACUCAGGGCAUGUUCCCCGCCCCCUUCUGCACUUGGACCCGGAAGCUCUUUCUGCCUCCACACGUGACAAUGGAGUUUGUCCCUCCUGUGCCCAGCAUUCCCAGCAUGAGCAUGAGCCAGGCAUAG